CCCAAACCUCGCUCUCCCUGUAAAGCCGUUCUUCACUCUCUAUCUAAAUGCAAACCCUAGCUCUGCUCUUUUAAAGGGUAUUAAUAAUAUAGCAAUAAUCAAAGAAACCCACUUUAUAUUCAGAAUAGAAAUUGGAUUAUCAAACUGGGUUUUUGUAUUUAAAAAAAAUAAUUGGUGUGGAAAGUGAAAGUUUUCUUCUUUUUCUUUUGGAGUAUUUUGAAACAGAGAGAGAGGGAGAGAGAUGGUCAGUGGGGCAAGAAUCGAAGGAGAUAUCUCAGCGCGAGUGAGGAAGACAAUACAGUCAAUUAAGGAAAUAGUUGGCAAUCACUCUGAUGCUGAUAUUUAUGUUGCCUUGAAAGAGGCCAACAUGGAUCCUAAUGAAACUACCCAGAAAUUGCUUCAUCAAGAUACUUUUCAUGAAGUAAGGAGAAAAAGAGACCGGAAGAAAGAGAGCAUUGAGUACAAAGGUUCCUUGGAUUCAAGAAAACAUUCUGAGAAUGUUGGUCAAGGGAUGAAAUUUCGUACACAUCCUGAACGUGGUUCUCGAAGAGGAGGCUAUACUCGCAAUGCUUUGCCAGAUGCAGGAGUCAACAGAGAGUUUCGUAUUGUGAGGGACAACAGAGUUAACCAAAAUGCAAAUAAAGAUAUGAAGCCUCCUUUCUCACAAUGCUCAACUUCUGCAAAUGAGCAAGUGCCUGUGAAUGUUGCUGAAAAAGGCUCAACAGGAACAUCAAGCAAUCAGAGACCCUUUAGUUCUCGGAGUUUGUCUCAAACUUCUAAUGGACCAUCCAGUUCACAACCGAGACAUGCUCGUGAUGCAAAUUCAAGUGGUAUUGAUAGGAAACAAAUAUCAGAGGAAAAGCGAAAUUUUAUUCCUAAUGCCAUUUUGCGGUCACAGGCAGUGAAGCCCAAUAAUACUCAAGCACAUGCUGCCACUCAGUCAUCAAGCAGCCUAGUUGUUGGGGUUUAUUCCUCUUCUACAGAUCCUGUUCAUGUGCCUUCUCCUGAUUCGAGAUCCUCUGGUGCUGUUGGAGCUAUUAAGCGUGAAGUCGGGGUAGUGGGUGUUCGCCGUCAGCCUUCUGAAAAUGCAGUAAAAAAUUCAUCUGGAUCAAGUGGUUCUCUCUCCAAUUCACUUGUAGGGAGGGACAAUUCAUCAGAGGCAUUUCGACCUUUUCCUGCAAUUUCUAGAGCAGACCAGCUCAGUCAUAGUAGUGCAACUGAAUCGAUCAUGCCUGGAAUUUCUGGAAGCAGGUCAUUCCUGAGCAAUCAGUAUGGGAGCAGGCAAAAUCAACAAGCCUUAGGUCAUCAAAAAGCUAACCAACAUAAUAAAGAGUGGAAACCAAAAUUGAGCCAAAAAUCAAGUGUUAAUAAUCCUGGAGUUAUUGGAACACCUAAAAAGUCUGCUUCACCUCCUGCUGAUGAUGCCAAGGACUUGGAUUCAGAAACAGCUAAAUUGCAAGAUAAGUUUUCGCAAGUAAAUAUCUACGAAAAUGAGAACGUUAUCAUAGCACAGCACAUUCGUGUCCCAGAGAAUGAUCGCUGUAGACUUACUUUCGGCAGCUUUGGAGUGGAAUUUGAUUCUUUAAGGAAUUUUGUGCCGGGUUUUCAAGCCACUGGUGUUGCAGAAGACUCAAAUGGGGAAUCUGCUGCUAGUUUGUCUGUGUCUGCUCCUGAUACUUCUAGUGAUGAUACUGCUGGUGGCAAGCCCAUUGAGAUUUUAGAAGAUCAAAUUGGAAAUUCGGGAUCCGAUUCUCCACCCUCUGGUACUGCUUCUGAACAUCAAUUGCCUGAUACCAAAGACACUUCAAGUCCUCAGAAUUUGGACGGUUAUGCCGAUAUUGGAUUGGUUCAGGACAACAGUCCAUCGUAUGCUCCUUCAGAGUCACAAAAGCAGCAAGAUGCUCCUGAGUUACCUAGUUUUGCGCAGGCAUAUGAUCCGCAAACUGGUUAUGAUUUACCAUAUUUCAGACCCCCAAUAGAUGAAACUGCUAGAGGACAGGGUCUACCAUCCCCUCAGGAGGCCUUAAGUGCGCAUGCUGUUAAUGUCCCUGCAUCAACAAUACCAAUGAUGCAGCAGCAACAACCACCGGUAGCACAGAUGUAUCCGCAAGUUCAUGUGUCCCAUUUUGCUAAUAUUAUGCCAUAUCGUCAGUUUGUCUCCCCGAUUUAUCUACCACAGAUGGCGAUGCCAGGUUAUUCCAGUAACCCUGCCUAUCCACACCCAUCAAAUGGUAGUAGCUAUGUGCUGAUGCCAGGAGGUAGUUCUCAUCUUAAUGCGAAUGGCCUAAAGUACGGGAUUCAGCAGUUCAAGCCAGUUCCUGCUGGUAGUCCUACUGGGUUUGGAAAUUUUACCAGUCCAUCUGGGUAUGCAAUCAAUGCUCCUGGUGUAGUUGGGAAUCCAACAGGUCUUGAAGAUUCAUCUCGGAUCAAAUAUAAAGAUGGCAAUAUUUAUGUUCCAAAUCAACAGGCUGAUACAUCAGAUCUCUGGAUUCAGAACCCGAGGGAGCUACCAGGCUUGCAGUCUGCUCCAUACUACAAUAUGCCACAAACACCUCAUGGUUAUAUGCCAUCUCACACAGGCCAUGCUUCUUUUAAUGCUGCUGCAGCACAAUCUUCUCACAUGCAAUUCCCGGGGUUGUAUCAUCCUCCUCCACAGCCUGCUGCAAUGGCAAAUCCACAUCUAGGCCCUGCUAUGGGUGCUAAUGUUGGUGUUGGGGUUGCGCCAGCUGCUCCUGGGGCUCAAGUAGGUGCUUACCAACAACCUCAAUUGGGUCAUCUUAACUGGACAACAAACUUCUGAAUAGUAUCAAGCUAACCCUUUCUCUUGUAAGGGAGUGAAGUAGCUAUAGAAAGUUUAAAGUUUUCUUUGUGAAAUAACCCACAAUCUUUUUAAUUGAAUGCAUAAUUGGUGUUUAAUCUCA